AAUAUGUCUCAAGCAAAUAAAAAAUCUGGAGGUAGACCACCUGCAAGUCUUUGGGAUGUUCAUAUUAAAAAAGGAAAUGAAGUUUCUAAAGGACAUUAUCAAGGGACUUGCAAUUAUUGUUCUUAUUCUCAGCAAAAAGGAUCUCCUCAAGAUUUUGAAGAACAUUUGGCUAACAAUUGUCCUAAUGUUCCAAGUGAUGUUAAGCAAAUAUAUUUAAACAAGGUUUUGACAAGAUUUAAAAAUCCAAGACAAGGAUCUAUUAAAAAUGUUCAAACAAAAAUAUCUGAUUUUAAUGAAAGUUCUAAACUUACAUUAGAAAGAACUAAUGAAAUUAAUAAAGCUUGUAUUAAAGCUUUUGUUAUAUGUGGUAUAUCAUGGAGAGUAAUUAAUAAUCCAUUUUUUAUUGAUUUUUUAAAAACAUUACGACCAGGAUAUAAUCCACCCUCUUCUGAAGUUCUUUCAGGACGUAUUUUUUCUCAAGAAGUAUCAUCAAUUAAUGUAAAAAUUAUUCAAAAGUUAAAUUAUUCUAAAAAUUUAACUUUAG